AUGUUGAGUCACAGGCAGGCAGGGCGCGGCGGCCCGGGCCGCGACAGGGACGAAGUACAGGGACGCCGGCGAGUGUGUUUGUGUCCAUGUGCUUGUGUGGACGGGAACCCGAAGGCCACACCGUUGGGGCGGGAAGGACGCAGGGGCCACGUGACCAGCGGUGCCGUGCCUUUGACCCUCGGAAGGCGCCGCUCCCCUGAGGUCCUGCAGAGUCCCGCUAUCACAGGGACACCUCCGAGGCAACACACACACGAGGCCGAAGUGAGUGGGCGAGUGUGUGGAGGGACUAUCUACCUGUGUUUAAUUAAGUACUACAACCAGAUUCACCUUUUGUUCCGCUGCCCAGCCACGUCAGCGCCGGCACGUCUCCCUCACAAUCUCGCAUUUAAUCUAUCUUCAUGUGGACACAAAAAUUAUAGCGUCUCAAACAAGAUACCCCAACGAGGCGAUGACGUGGACGCCGCCGCCGCCGUCGCGUCCGCCCUCACGCCCCCCCGAGGAGAGGCAUCCCUGAGGUACAACCGCGUGGGCGUAGGGAGGGGCGGAGGGCGGCGAAGGUGCGGCCAAAGUCACCCCUUUAGCCGCCGCACGGAAGGACGGGAUCCGGCAGCCUUGUGUGCAGACGGCGGGGGCCAACGGCGAUCACAUCGGUGUAAGUCCGUUAACUACAUCAAUGACCUCGACGACGAUAUGUUGAAGUAAAUAAGUCAAUAAAUAUACAGAUAAUUAUA